AUGGUGCGAUCCAAAGCCGCCGAUACUUCCACAGCGGAAGCCCGCAGCCAAUCCACCAAAGCACGAGCAACAACCAAAGGCGACAAAAACAAAGAAUGGGAGGUUAAAGAAAUUCUCGAAGUCAAAAAGAAAUGGAAGAGUCUAUACGUUCGAGCGUCUUGGGUUGGCUAUCGUGAAGAAGAUCCAGAAUGGUAUCCCAUCUCCGACUUCAAGACCUCGCCAUACUUGUUGAAGAAGUUCUAUCGGGAAAAUCCCAAAGCGCUUGGUCCGCCUGCACAAUUAACUGCUUGGGAAGAGGCUUUUUAG